AUGUCGGAACCAACUCCUACAGUGGCGCGACCGCCAGGCGCCGUAUUUCGUGUAGUGAAGACUCUUUCAAAAAGCUCUUCAAGUACAGGGGUAUAUCUCUGUCUUCAACGCACUCUUCCUUCCUCCUCUGAGCCCACAAUGGACAUUGACGAAGAUCUUUCAAACCGAUGCGCGCCAAUCUUGGCGGCGUUUGGGAAGAUGACUGGGAACGAACGCCUACAGCAGCAACUUAGUCUACUCGAGUAUGAGAGGCUUGGACACGUGCUAUACCAAAAUAUACAGGAAAACCGAACAUCGUUACUACGUUCGGGGCAGAUAGAGAUGCUACCGCAGCUCGUAGUAGUCAAGAUGUCUACGGAGAAAGAGAAGGUGCGGAGAGAAGUCGAGGUGGUAGAGGAGAUCCAUAGAAUGGCCGGGGAAGUGACCACGCUGCAUAUAGGGUCAUAUGUACUGGGGUCUCAGCACACAGAGGCGCCAGAGACAUCGUACAUGGUUUUGCGCCCUAUCUUUGGGCCCACGCUUGAGGAAUUCAGUGAAAGGAGCAGCUGCUGUAGGAGCGGGCACAUUCCAGACUGGCUGAUGGCGCAUGUCUGUAUCACUUUGAUCGAGGCGGUCAAUUUCUUGCAUGAGCAUGGCCUGGUGCAUGGCAGGAUCGAGGCGUCCAAUGUCAUGUUGAGCUUGUACCCGGUGUACAUGCACCAUCGGUAUCGUGGGUACCCGGAUGUGCAACUGAUUAAUUUUUCAGAUUGUGCAUCAGCAGCGGCAAAAGAUACAGCCCUGGAUGUGAGAGGCGUGCUGGUGGUCUUGGAAGAAAUCAUGGUCAAGCAGAGCGACGCCGCCCCAUCUAGACGUUCCAAACGGGACGUUCGUGGUCGAGUCCGAGAAAAACAAGGCGAGCAAAACCUUCUUCUAGCUCAGAUCAAGAGCAUGACUACAGCUGAUUACGAAGGAGACAUGGACAUACAAGGCUUACAAAGGUCACUAGUAGGCAUAGCGCAAGACAUGCGACACGUUGGUCCCGAAACGAUGCCGAGAGACAUCAUGAGGCUGCUCCAUGCAGAUUUGACGACAGCCGGAGAACUCGAGUGUGCAGUGCGAAACCCUUUAGUUCUCAAACUGAGGAGUCAGAAGGAAGCGACAAAGGUCGUUAGGGACGAUGGGUCAGUUGAUGUUGUUGGUGUGGAAAAUGUGGAGACGAAGACUAGGGAUUAG